GCUCCUGGUGACGUCAUCGGUCAUUUCAAAUUUCAAAACAGCUGCGUUGCCAUUUAAGCACGUCGUUUGGGGUUUUGGAUUGCGAACAAAACGACAGGAACGAUGCGCGCUGUAGUCGACGCGUUGGCGCAGAUGGUGAGGACCUUCAGACGAGCGUGUCCUCGGCUGAAGCGGUCUGAGCGGACCACGGUUCACGGCGCUGACGCCAUGCUGAUGGUGCUGCAGCUGGCCAUGGCUGACGUGAGCAAGCAGCUAAGUGGGGAGUUCAAGGUGGCUCUCAGCAACGUCCUGCUGGCGUGGAAACACUUACUGCUGCACAAGCUUCACCUGCGGCCCCCCGGGGCUCCACGCUUGGAGAACUAUGAUCUCAUCCUGGAGGCGUACGAGGGCUUCCUGACGAGCUCCAACACGGUGGAUCUGGUGGACAUCCACUCCGCGUACAAAGAGCUGAGAGGGGACUCUGAGGAGCUCGUGAGCCCUGUCCAGCUAUUUGAGUUCUUAUCAGGCAACGCCACAGACGGUCCUGCCUCGUCUUUCCCAUCAACACCAUCUAGCUCACAGCAGGUCAUCAAAGCGGCAGUUAGAAGAGUCUUCUGCUCCUACCUGAGCUUGCUCGUCAACACCAAGAACGACCUGGCCUUGGCGCUCACGCUCGACGUUCCCAGCCGCUCACUGGGCCGCCGGACCUUCACGGACGUGAAACACGCGGCGCGGAGCAGCAGCACGUCCCUCUUUUUGGCGCUGACGUCUUUCGUGAGGGCCAUCCAGCUCGGCGGGAAGGGCUACGCUCCGGCCGAGACGGACCCGCUGAGGAAGCACGUCAAGGGCCUGUCCAGCUUUGUGCAGUUCCUGGACGACCUGGAGGAGAUCCUGGGGGAGACGCCUGACCCGAGUGUGUGCGGGGCCAAGCUGGUGUCGGCCAUCCGGGCGGCGCUGGUCAAAGGGUGCUCCGGCGGGGACGCGGUGAGCGCUGCGACCGAGGAGACUGCGACCGAGCUAAAGGCUAGGAUCUGCGAGCUGAACCAGGAACAGAAGGAAACCUCGCCGGGAGGCGGGACGGGGAUCAGCCCUGCCAGGCCCAAAGCGCACACGGUCAACCACGCCACAGCGUACGGAGGUCGCGACACCGUGAAGCUGCUGAUGGCGCUGCUGGACGAAGAAGCGCUGAGGCCGCCCUGCGCCAACAAGGCUGAUCUGCUGUCCGAGGACCAGCCGGUCCUGAACGGAAGCCAGGGCACGAGUGUCCUCGCCUUGUUCAGAUCCCCCGAAGUGUCUACUGGAUCGUCGCCAGAGCCCCUCAAGAACAGAGUCCAGAGCCGCCUGGACCCGCUCAGACCCAAGGUGGGACCCAGAACCAUCCGAUCCCAGUUCGCCUGCACUUACACAGAUGAAGAACCGCCCCUCAACCGCGUCCUGGACUUCCACAGCACCAGCCAGGUGCCCACUUGCGUGCACCCCGCACCCAAACCCAGAACCGUGGACGCUGAGGCCCCGUCGUCAGGAAGCAGGGUCCUCGCUCCGAGGAGCGGAAACGCCCCCCUGACCCGAGACCCGGACCACACGACGAAGAAGAGGAAGCGGGCCGACGAGGAUCUGGAAAAGGUCCGAGGUGAGGCGAAGCAGACCAAGACCAGGACAAAGCGCGGCGCCAAGAAGAAGCUGAUUGCGGGACAAGCGACGCUCAGCAGCUUCUUUAGGGUCUGAGCAGAAGAUGUGGAGGUGGAAGCAAGGUGAUUGUGCCGUCGCUUUAUUUUGAAAGUCAAGUGUAAAGCGGAGCAAAGCACAAAUGUUUUUUUUUCGAGACACUUCCUGCCAGAAUGACCAAACUCUGUAAUUAUGUUCCAUUUGAAAUAAACUUUUAAUUUGUUGUAUCACGGGCAAUUUUGCCGUUGCUUUAUUUUGAAAGUCACGUGUAAAGCACAAAUGUUUUUUGUGACACUUCCUGCCGAAUGAUCAAAUUCUGUAAAUAUGUUCCAUUUUAAAUAAAUCUUUGUUUUGUUGUAUCACUUUAGCAAUUUUGCCGUUGCUUUAUUUUGAAAGUCACGUGUUAAGCGGAGCAAAGCACAAAUGUUUUUUUUGUGACACUUCCUGCUAGAAUGACAAAACACUGUAGAAAUCUUCCGUUUCAAAUCAACUUUUAUUUUAUUUUAACAAUUUUGCCGUUGCUUUAUUUUGAAAGUCAUGUGUAAAGCGGGGGCAAACAUUAAAUGUUUUUUUGUGGUCAUUCUAGCAGGAAGUGUCAAACUUUAAAUAUCUUCCAUUUCAAAUGAACGUAUAUUUUAUUUGAACAAUUUUGCCGUUGCUUUAUUUUGAAAGUCAAGUGUAAAGCGGAGCAAAGCAAAAAAAAAUUUUGUCGAGACACUUCCUGCCAGAAUGACCAAACUCUGUAAUUAUGUUCCAUUUGAAAUAAACUUUUAUUUUGUUGUAUCACGAGCAAUUUUGCCGUUGCUUUAUUUUGAAAGUCACGUGUAAAGCACAAAUGUUUUUUGUGACACUUCCUGCCGAAUGAUCAAAUUCUGUAAAUAUGUUCCAUUUUAAAUAAAUCUUUGUUUUGUUGUAUCACUUUA